CUCCUCUCCAGCAUGCAGUUCCUCCAACUCCUACCCAAGGCCAGCCAGACCAUCCUUAUCCUGCUGGUCUGCAUCCAGCUUGGAAUCAACAAUGCUGAGGACACUGACCGAGAGGUGAUGAUAAUUGACAUGGACAUGCCCUCAAUAGUCCAUGCAAAUGAAGAACUGUCCCUUACGGUUAGAGUGAGCACGGAGCUGAGAGAAUGCAUGGUGAUUCGGGCUUACCUAAUAGGCUCUCGUCCAAUGGACACUUCUUUCAACCAUCGAUUCACCGCCUGUCUCUGUGAGGAUUACCCAAGAACCUUCUUUUGGGAUUUUGCCGCCAACCGCACCAUGAAAAUCGCUGCUGUCGUUGAUGUUGUUGGUGAACUUAACAUCUGCCCUGAGAAUAUGGCAGUUGUGCCCAUUUCAGAUGACCGUUUUUACAGUGUGAAAGACCUAUAUGUAUAUUAAUAGUGGGAGCACUAGUCUCC